AUGAGUGGCUCACCAGAAUUUCAGAGGUUCGCUAGAGCGUUGAGACAACAAAUCACUAAGGUACAACAGCAAGGUGGUAGACCUGGUGGCCCACCAAGAGGUGGUGCUGGUGGUGCUUUCGCAGGUAUUGGCGGUCUGUUGGUGUUAGGUGCUGGUGCGCUUUUCUUCAAUAAUGCGUUAUUUAAUGUGGACGGUGGUCACAGAGCCAUUGUCUACUCACGUAUUGGUGGUGUUUCGCAGAAAAUCUUUUCAGAAGGUACACAUAUUAUUAUCCCAUGGAUCGAGACACCUAUAGUGUAUGAUGUGAGGGCUAAACCACGUAAUGUUGCCUCUUUGACGGGUACCAAGGAUUUACAAAUGGUCAAUAUCACAUGCAGAGUGUUAUCAAGACCCAACGUUGGCCAACUUCCCACUAUAUACCGUACAUUAGGCCAGGACUAUGACGAAAGAGUUCUGCCUUCCAUUGUCAAUGAAGUUUUGAAGGCAGUUGUCGCACAAUUCAAUGCUUCUCAAUUGAUCACCCAAAGAGAAAAAGUGUCUAGACUGAUCCGUGACAACUUGGUUCGUCGUGCUAGUGGGUUCAAUAUAUUACUGGAUGACGUCUCCAUCACUUAUAUGACAUUUUCUCCAGAGUUCACCCAGGCUGUUGAAGCAAAGCAGAUUGCUCAACAGGAUGCCCAAAGGGCCGCCUUUAUUGUGGAUAAAGCCAGACAAGAAAAGCAAGGUAUGGUUGUGAAAGCCCAAGGUGAAGCCAAGUCCGCCGAGUUGAUCGGUGAUGCCAUUAAGAAAUCUAGGGACUAUGUGGAAUUGAAGAGACUAGAUACAGCAAAGGACAUUGCUAAGAUCCUAGCCAACUCGCCAAACAGAGUUGUUCUAGAUAACGAAGCCCUGCUAUUGAACACAUUGGUCGAUGCCAGAUCAGCUACAGGUUCCAAGAAAUAA